UGAGAUCAACCGUCAUACGAUCAGAGUAUUUAGCCGUUUGCGUUCUUCCAUCCGGCCAAAGGGACUUGCUCCGAAGAAUUAGGGUUUCUGGAACCUCAUAGCAAUGGGGAAAGGAACAGGGAGUUUUGGUAAGAGAAGGAACAAAACACACACUUUGUGUGUACGGUGUGGUCGUCGCAGUUUCCAUCUCCAGAAGAGCCGAUGCUCCGCUUGUGCCUACCCUGCUGCUCGCGUCAGGAAAUACAACUGGAGUGUGAAGGCGAUUCGUAGGAAGACAACAGGAACCGGACGUAUGAGGUAUCUCCGUCAUCUGCCUCGCAGAUUCAAGAGCAACUUCAGAGAAGGAACUCAAGCUGCUCCAAGAAAGAUCGCCGCUGCAUCUUCAGCUUAAAUUUCUGAGGUGUCAUCAGAAAUGGUAUGAUGGUAUUCUUUUUAAACCGAGAAUCGGGCGAUUCAGCACAUGAUCAAAGCGUUGUGAAGCAUCAUUUGAUGUGCUUAAUCUAUUGAUCUUCAAUCAUGGUUCGUUACGUUUAGAAAUUUCUGAUUCUUAAUCAUGGUUCGUUUCGUUUAGAAAUUUGUGAUUCUUAAUCAUGGAUUAAAUGAAAACGUACACUUGCUCUGUCUUUAUAAUCAAGUAGUUCAUCUGGUACCCAUAUAUAGCACACAUUCAAAGAUGGGUUUUCUUGGAAUUAUUCACAUGUGAAUGACCAUGCCAAAUAAGCCUGGUAUGUGAAUCUUAACAGACAUUCCUU